AUCUACGGCACGCGAAUCAGCUCAGACCUUGCCAAGUCGUCUACUGAUGCGAAGACCUUCCCCGACUGCUGCACGGAUUGCGCCAACACCGCCGCCUGCCACUAUUUCCAGUUCUACACCCCUGACUCCAUCUCUUCCGCCCCUGGCGGGCAGAAGCAGUGCUUCCUGCUCUCCGAGGCACCGGCUGGCCUGGCGAUUAGCGGGCCUCUCAGCUA